AUGAGUACCAUAGAUCAAAAGGAAUGCAUUUACAAAACCGAAAACAGUCAAGAUAGUUGCGAACUCGUUAAAAAAAAAAAACAAUACAGCAAUUUAGUGAGUUUGCAGAAAUCGGGGAUAUCUAAUUUAAACGAAGAGUUAGAAAAAAAUAUUAUAAAUAUACCUUCAUUACAAAAAGGGCAAGCUUUAUGUGAUCAGGAAAAAAAAUUGAGCGAAAAUUUUGUAAAAAUGAAUGAACUUGCAGAAAUAAAAGAGCUUGCAGAUAUAAGCGAAUUUUCUAAUACUGAUGGAUUCUCAAAUGAUUUAAUGAUGAAUAUUAAUGAUAAAACACCUUGUAAUAAAGAAAAUGAUAAUAGUUGUAAUUAUAUAAAAGGUUAUUCCUCAAAUAAAAAAAGAGUAUACACACCAAAUAAAUUUAAUCAAUCUAAAUUAUUUAAUUAUGAUAAUGAUGAUGAAAAUAAGAUUUCGAUAUUUACUACUCCAAAAAGGAGAUAUACUAAUAAAAGGAAAAUAAAUGAAGGAGAUAAAAACAAAGAUAAUGAAAGUUUAUGUUCAAGAAGUAUAAAAAGAAAAUCAAUAUAUAACGAAUUAAUACAUUUACACACUCCACUAAAAGAUACAAAAAAAUAUAUUCCUCAAGAAAAUGAAGAAGAUAUAAAACAAAAUAAAUGGAUAAUUGAUGAAUCGAAUAUGAAUGAGUUACCAGAAAAAAUAAAAAAUGAAUAUGUAUCAUAUUUACAUAGUCCAUUAAAAAGAAGUGAAAGAUUAAUUAAAUCAAAAAUUAAUAAAAUGUUAAAUGAAAAUAUCGAAAAUUUAAAAAAUGAACAAUUAAAAGGUAGUGAUUAUUCUUGUAGUAAUGGAAAUAAUAGUAAUACUAUUGAUUCAAAUGAUCAAAUUCAAUAUGAUUUUAUUCCAGAAGAUGAAGAAAAAUGUUGGGAUGAUUAUUACACACAAAAUGUUGAUAAAGUACGACCAUUUACAGGGUUUACUACUGAAUUAGCAGUUAAUAUAAUAACUGAACUUUUAAAAGGGAAAAUAAAAAAAAUAAAAAUAGAUAAUAAGGAAUAUUUAUCUCCUAUAAGUGAAAAUGAUCCUAUAAUGGAAAUAGGACAUGGAAAUCAUCCUAUGGCUGUACAAAUGUUUGAAAAAUGGGGAACUGUUGGUCGAUAUAUUGGUGUAGAAUUUAGUGGAUUAGCUAGUAGAGAAGCUUUAAAAUGUGAAAAAUUAAAUAACUUAUUUUUAAAAAGAAAAGUUGAAUUUAUCAAAGUUUUAGAUAUGAAAUAUUAUAAAGAUGAUUAUCUAAAUGCUGUAGUUACACAAUCAAAUAUAUCACCUCAAAAUACAAAAACUGAUUUUAUUAAAAUGCACACAUUUAAAUAUAUUUUUUCAAAAAGUACACUAGAUUAUAUUACUUGUAGAAUGGAUCAUAUAGGAAAUUGUUUUGAUUGGGAAGAAGAUCUUCAAAUAUCACCUUCAGUUGUUGAAAUGUUUAAUAGUUUAUCAGAUUCUUUACAAAAUUGUAAAAAUAACAAAGGGAAUUCAUAUAUUAUUUUUGUUGAGCCUAAUAAUUCUUCUAAAUUUAGAGAUCAUAUAUUAACUAUUUUUAAGGUUAUAUAUACAGCUACUUUUAAAUAUGAUAGUUCAGCAAAAUAUUUAAGAUUAGCAAAAAUAAAUAAUGGUAUUAAGGCAUGUGGUUAUUUAAUUGAAAAAAGAAAUGAAGUAUAUCAGGAUUUUGAACAAAUGAAACAUGAAUUUUUAAAAUUAAUUAUUAAAUCAGCAGGUACGAAAAAUAUCGAUGAAGCUGAUUGGUAUCUCCCUUCCACUGCACCAAAAAAAUGGACUAGCAAUUCAACAAAUGAUAUUGAAUAUUUAGUCAAAUUGGAUGCAAAUCGUAUAUAA